UGAAGUGACAGCGGACAAGGGGCAGAGCCGGUAUUCGAACCCAUGACCUCUGACUCCAAAGUCCGUACGCUUUCCCUGAUGGAGGGGGUGGCCGUGUGUGAGAUUUUGAAAUAUGUAAUUAUUCGCUGGAAACACGAAGCAGAAGGACGAACAAAAGGAGCAUUACUGGAAGGAGAGCUGGUGAUUUCCAUGGAAGCGUUGCGUUCUAAGCAGUCUGAAAACUGGCUUCGUUGUGUGACAACUAUUACCUCUGCAGGAAGCUCGUGCGGCGACAUAAUCUCUAAACAGUUCGUGAAAGAAAUGCAGUCGAUGCUGGCAGGAUCUUCGAUAAAACUAGUGUGGAGUUCAGGGGAAACCGGCUCGACCCAGAUGACUUUUGAGAUUCCCAAAUCACGCAGAACCCUGAUGUUCAGUUGUCUAGUGAUAAAGCAGUUUUUGCACAAGCUCAGCAUCGUACAUCCUAAGAUCAGAUUCCACUACAGUUUGAAGGCUGACGGCACCGUCUCCAAGGAGACCAUCGGGGCAGGCGGAGGAGCCAUCACAGCCCUGCCGGGGGGACUUGGACUGCUCACCGACUGGCAUCGUUACGUGAGGUCGGCGGUCGGUGGGACGGAAUUGCCGUGCAGCAGAAUUCACCCAGCGCCGGAGAAGCCCGUUGGCCUGCUGAUUCCCGACACGGUAGCCGACGCGGGCUUGUUGGGGGAGCUGACCCUGACUUCGGCCGCCGCUCUGAGCCCCUGCCACGAGGUCAACGUUCACCAGCUCGCCAGGAUCUCCGCGGCCUCCGUGUUUCUGUAUGGCCCUUGCGGGCUGCCUCUGACAGGUGGUGAGAAGGACCAAGAAUUCCCUUUCUUCAGAGACCCUUCCUUUCUACUUGACUGGAAAAAGUAUCACUUGUGUGCCACGCCCUGCUGGGACUCCCGUUGGGAAGGAGACCUUCUGCUCCCGGACGCGAGUUACCGAGUGGAGUCUUCCCAGGAGAGCCCAUCUCAUAGUCAACCAUCCGAUGUGCAGGAGCAGACGCUGUUGCUUUUCCUCUUCUUGGAUUUUUGCACUGGAUUCCCAGCUCAGCUGGAGGAGGCCUGGAGGACCCAGGCCUUGCUCCGGACCCACCUCCGCCUCAUCUUCCUGGACAACCAGCGCGUAGUCCAGGGAACCGUUCAGCGCGCCGUGGACCAGACGUUGAGUCAGCAGCACCAGGCUGCCAAGGUCUUCCAGAAAUUUCAGCAGUCGCUGCCAGUAGCCGUGGAGUCCAUCGCCCGGAUCGUGACCAGCAGCACCAACGGUGGCUUCCGCACCGGAUGUUUCCAGGCCCUGCAGGCCGCGGACACCCGGGAGUUUGGAGUUCGGCUGAGAAAGGCGUUUCACCGGACGGUCCAGCGGCGAUUCCUGAACCACCUCCCCGGGGGCCCGAAGCAGCUCAAAAGCCACCCCCAGAUGCGCACCUUCCUCUUCAUUCCCCCUUCUGGGAGAUGGGCCGAUCCCUGGGAAGAGCAGACGUCCCAGGACCAAGGAGGAAUACAGCUGCAGCUCAAGCGGCAGGAAGCGCAGGCAGGUGCCACUGGGCAGGGGGAAACCCCAAGUCCCAAGAGGAGCCGCCCAGGCCAGGGGGAGGCCCGGAUGAAUUCCCGCCACCACAGGAUGACAAGCCCGAUGCUCCCGACCGCCGGGAUGGCAGCUGACGCUUCCCGGUCACCCGUGCCCAAGGGAAAUUCCUGGUCACCCGUGCCCAAGGGAAAUUCCCGGUCACCCGUGCCCAAGGGAAACCCGACCGAGCCCGGGGCAAACCCGGCCCCGGCCCUCGACCACCAGGGCGCCUGGGGCGAGUGGGAGGAAACGCUGUGGCAACGGGAAGUGUCCAACUUGUCCGACUGCUGGACAGCAGGCCCUGACCCACCCUGACCAGCCCUCCCGGGCCCUGCGGGCGACAAGCAGUGGCAGCGAGGCCCCGAGAAGGAGCACCGCCCUGGGGAGUCACAGGGAACUGAGUUCUAAUCCCGGCCCCCCCGCGUGACCUUGGCCCAGUCACUUCCCCACACCUCAG